UUACUUCCCUGCUGCUGUGCCUAUCAUUAGCUGGCACAAUAACGACAGCAUCACUGGGCUCUAUAACUUAGCUCUACUUCUCUGCUUGAUUUCAUUUAUCCUUUGGGAAGAGAUUAACAUCUACGCUGGUAUUCGGUUUAAGGUUACUGUUAAACACUGACUCAUUUAAAGCUGACUGAGGACAUAAGACAGAAGAACAACAAAACAAACAUUUGAGAAGAUGUGUUGUACAGGAAAGUGUGCACGGUUAGUGGGACUGAUCCUGCUGCCCUCAGCGUUUGUGUGUAUGAUAGCUAACUUGCUGCUGUUCUUCCCCGAUGGCAAGCAGCUGGAGAAGAGUCAGAUUUCUACACAGGUUUGGCUCAUGGGAGGACUGAUUGGUGGUGGACUGUUUAUGCUGUGUCCAAGCUGUUCCGCAAUCAGAGCUGGGGGCAAGGGUUGCUGCGGAAAAGGUUGCUGUGGGAACCGCUGCCGUAUGCUGAACUCUGUGUUUUCCUCUGCGUUUGGACUGAUUGGGGCAAUAUACGGAACCAGCGUUGCAUCUGCUGGUCUGGCUAUUGGACCUAAAUGCCAAAUGGCCGAUGACAAAUGGGGCUACCCGUUUGAGGAUCUAGGGACAGGUAACAGCAGUUACUUGGUGAAUAAAUCAGUGUGGUCUCUCUGCGUGUACCCGGAGAAUAUAGUCCUUUGGCACAUUGUUCUCUUCUCCAUAAUCUUGGGGCUGGGCAUGGUGCAGGUGGUGCUCCUUGCUAUCCAGGUCAUCAAUGGCUGCAUGGGCUGCAUCUGUGGGGACUGCAGAAGCAGCAAGGGGGAAGACGGAGGAUUGUGAGCUGAUGAUACCAUCAAACUUCUUUAUUAAUCCAUGUAUGCACAUUUUAUUUAUGCUGUAUGCACGUAAACUUUCACAUACAGACAGAAGGCAACACUGUCUUGUUAAUAUACUUGAUUUGCUAAACGGAUGCUGGUAUUACUAGUAAGGCCACAAAAUAUGAGGUCUCUAUAUCUAACACAAAAUGUAAGUUUGUAAAAUGAUUUUACAAAUGAUAUCUGUACUUUGCCUUUGAUUCAGCCAGAAGUCUAUUUUUGUAGUUCAUUUACUGACUAGUUGUCUGAAUUCACCUUAACAAUGUAGAAAUCAGUGUUUUUUUUCUGCACCCUCUAAACAAUAAAAGGUGAUACAAAAGGAAUUUUACAGUAAUUCAAUAGAAGAACAACAGUUAUUUCUAUUUUAUUUUAUUUCUGUUCUAUAUUGUUAGUAUGCGAUUGCAUUUUCAAAAUGACAAUUUGAAAUAAGAAGGAACAACUUCUUUACAAGUUCAAUGGAACAUUUUUUAUCACAAAUUUAUUUAUGUGAAUAGCAGCUGAUAAUACAUAAAUUAGGUGAGAAAUGUUUUUUUUCAUGAUAGUGAUGAUAUGUUGUUUAGAUCUGACAGAACAUAAAACAAACAAUUUAUUUUUUCUGACAGAAUGAUUACAUAACAACUUAAUGUCCAAAACACCUUCAUGUAAUUAGCUAUUUAUACUGCUGUUAUCAUUCAUUAUUAAACUGGAUAACAUCAAAAGGGCUUAUGAAUUAUUAACUAGAUAUGUGUAAUACCUAAAUUUAUCUAAAUAUAAAAAAACAUCAGAAGAAGUUUUAUUACAAUGGUGAAUGAUGGAAUCGCUACUGCAGCUGUUAUUAUAGGUUAUAUUAGUAAAUGAUUAAACUACAGAUUAUAUUUUGUGAUUAAUCAACUGAUUACAAUCAGUAAUCAAGUAAAAUGUUUUGCCAAAAGGUCAGAGGACAAAAGCUGAACACGCAAAUAUCAUGCAGAGCAAACAAAUAUCAUGCAGAGAUUUUCAAAGAUUUUAUAAUACAAAGAAACCAAAAAAAGGUUGGACCCAGAAGGUACAUGUGUGGGACUUAUAUGGGUAAAAAUGGACAAGGUGAGUUCCAGAUGGGCUCUGAGUGGAUCUGAAUUUGUUUUAUUACUGAACCCUGAAAGUUGUGUUUCCCAAAUGGGCUGUUACGACCCCUGGUCAUAUUGGUUUUUCUUUGUAUGCCCUCUGUGCUGUUUGUGUUUGGUUUUUGGUUGUAGAACCAUGAUUGGCCACCGGGGGCGCACUCUAUAAAAGGGCAGGGGGAAACCUGACUUGGAAGAGACGUUCAGGGCUCCUCCCCUUUCCUGACCUGGAACAACUUCCUGCUCAGACCAACCCAGCACCUCCAUUUUGCAUUCUGUGUGUUGCUUUAGUUUUUGCUUCAAUAUACAUUAGUCUUUGGGUAAAGUAGGGGGGUGGCUGUCAUUUUGUUUUGCUACCUUUUUCUCCUGUUUUGGUGACAGGGAGUCAGGGUAGUUUGUGUAUUUAGUUUUCUUUAUUUUGCAGUUAUUUGUCUUUGUUUGUUCGUUGGUUUUAUUUGUUAUUUUGGCCUAUGCUCACUCCUGAAGUCAUAUUCCCCUAAUUUUAUCAAUAAAUUUGAUUUAAUUCA